AUGUCCUCACAACCUACAAUACAAGACAUCCUCCAGGCCGAGUUCUCUCCUCCACUCGACACCUCCCUCAUUGCCGCCAUCGUAACCGACUACGUCUUCGAGAACGAGGCCAACAGUAGCGAUGAGCUCAAGCAGUUGCGCAAAGUCCUCAGCGAUCUCGCUUCCUCCGCAGAGAAAGAGCUAGUUGAUGCAGACUCUUUUCCCGACCCCACUCAGUUCAACAUUCCACCGGCCUCUCUCGUCGAUGACUCGUCUAGCUCAUACGACUACUCCACUACCGACAACUCCGCCUAUGCAUCUACGAGCUCAGACGCUUCUGGGCAACAACCCUUCAGCUCCGCUAUAGGCUUCCUUAAGGCCGUCUUCCCCCAUAUUCCGACAGAGAGGUUCAGAGGCGUGCUCGCGGCGCACGGUGGCGAUAAUGAUGUCCUCGACAUGGAGGUUAUCGUGGAGGAGCUCCUCACAGGCGAGUACGUCCGUGAACUCGAGGAACGUGGCUUGGAUGAGGCCGAGUCUGCUGCGUUGGGAUACGAGGCACCGUGGGAGAUCGUGGAGAAGAAGAAGAAAGGAAUGAAGCAGAAGAAACCCAACAAGAAGGGCACCACCAUCACCCUCGUGGAUAUCCGCCAACAGCAGCAUGCUCGCCCGGUGCCGUCCAGUUCACAGCCAGCCCCACCGGACCCUUGGACACAAUUGGCUUCGGUCGCCUCACAUCUCUCCACCCUGAUCCCCACGCACCCGGAGUCUUUUUUCUUGUCCAUAUUCCAUUCUCCCCAAUACCCCACCCCUUCGCAUGCUCUCCGUGCAGCUAUCGUACAGAUCGCGAGAUCAUUGUCGAAGAGCGAAGAUGAACUGAACGCGGAUGAAACCCCAUACCUGUAUGCUAUGCUCGAGAUCAUCACCACUUGGUCCAAAUAUGCCGAUCUCAACGUAGAAGAACGCGAUCAAUUGCUGGAGGACGCGUUGUUCGCUCUUCGUGCCACGGGCCGGGACCCGAAUUCAGCCCUGGACGUGGUGUCUCUCCUGAUCGACCUCGAUUCCGAUUUCUCUUCCAGACAGUACACCUGGGGAGUCUACCACCAACCUGCGGCACCGACUCCUGUGCCUAAGACUACUGCCAGACUCCCGUCGGGCCCACCACCAGUACCACCCCCACCCAAUAUAGCCCGCCGUGCGCUUUCCAGUCCGACAAGCGAGAAGCCUCGUGUAGCGCCGAACGCGUGGCAGACGGUCCCUACGAAACCUACGCCCGAUGGUCCGAACCCCUUGGCUGGCGUAAUCCGCGCUUACAGCAAACCCGAUACUAUUCUGCCAACGCGUAAAGUACGCGGAAGCGGAAACGGCUUGGGGAAGGGCGGGAAAGGCGACGUUGGCGAGCUUCGACUGGGCAAACGCGCCGUGGCCAAGAGGCGGGCGUGGGAGCUCUCGGAGCAGAGGAGGGCGGCACUCAGAGAAGCGAGUAAGGCGUGGCAGAAGGGCAGUUCCAAGAAUCACGGCGGCGAGGUCGCGUUCUACUUCGCUGAAAGGGCCCGCGAGCUGCAACAGCAGCAACAGAAAGAGCAGCUGGACACUGCCCGCGAGAUGGUCUUACGCACCCGUACAACGCACCCAAAUAGCGAGGUCAUCGAUCUGCACGGUACUACCGUGGUGGAAGCCGUCUCGAUUGUACGCGAAUACUUGGCGGAGCAUGGGGCGACCUACGCGAAAGCUCUGAAAGUAAUCACUGGCCGUGGGAACCACUCACGCAAUGGUGUAGGCGUGCUGGGACCCGCAGUGAGAAAUGCCCUCAUCACGGACGGCUGGGUCGUAGACACCUGUGACGGUGGUCUCGUCAUCCGUGGACGCACGCGCUAA